AAUCGCUGCUUACGCUCACUGCGGUAUCAUUGCUCAUUGCAGAAGCAUAAUACGCGUCAAAAAACUAUUUUUUUUUGAUAAUCUGUUAUUUCCAACAUUCAAUUAGUGAAUAAUUGAAGGAAUUAUUGAAGUGACAUUUUGAGACGAUGCCUGGGCCAGAUUUACCUGAAGUACCUGCUCCGCUCAAAGGAAUACAGCAUUAUUUAAAAAUUGCAUCUGAACAUGAUCAACGAGAUCCGGUUGUCAGUUAUUGGGCACGAUUGUAUGCACUUCAAACGGGCCUCAAAAUCUCAACCAAAACUCCUGCGGAAAAUAAUUUUUUGCUGAAAUUAAUGGAUUGGUUGGAAGCUACUAAAAAAUCUUUAAUCGACAACGAAGCAAUAACCAAUGAAGUUGCUGCUCAGGCCCAUUUGGAAAACUGGGCUUUGAAGCUAUUUUUAUAUGCUGACAAAAAUGAUAGAGAAGGAACUUUCAACAAAAGUGUCAUACAAAGCUUUUACACAGCUGGACUUCUUUACGACGUCUUGACCACAUUCGACGAACUCACGGAAGAGGCAGUACAGAAUAGAAAGUAUGCUAAAUGGAAGGCGGCUUAUAUUCAUAAUUGUCUCAAGAAUGGAGAGACUCCUAUUCCUGGACCUAUGAAAACAGAAGGCGAAGAUGAUGAUAAUUCCAAUCUCGAUGUUGGUCCUGGACCUGAUGAAGACUUUUUGCCCGAUCUCGGCAGCGAUGAGGAGCCUGUUCAGGCUGAAAAUGAAGAAGAGUCUCAGAAAGAUGAACCGUUGGUUGAACCAGACGGUGAAAAUGCUGAGCCCGAUCAAGCUGAAAACGCGCCUGGAGUAGAUUCAGAAGAAAAUCAGGUAGAUGAAACACCGGCUGAGCCAGAAGGCGAAGCGGCUGAGUCUGAACAAGAUGAAAAUCAGGCGGAAGAACCGUCGCUCGAGCCAGAGGGCGAAUCGGCUGAGCCUGAACAAGAUGAAAAAGAGAGUUCAGAGCCCGGUGUAGAUCCAGAUAAAAAUGAGACCGCCGAACCAUCGACGGAGCCAGAGGCUGAAUCGGCUGAGCCUGAACAAGCUGAGGAAGGUCCAUCAGAACCUGGCAUAGAUCCAGCAUCUGGCGAUGAGGACAUAGAAGGUCCUGCCCAGCCGACUCCGCCACCGAAUACCGACUCUUAUGGGUUUCCAUCAGUUCCGGGUAGCACGGCUCCUCAACCACCGGGAAAUACAUCGUAUCCUAGUCUUCCCACUCCGUUAACUCCAAAUACUUACAACCCUACGCCUACGCCAACAAGCCCGAGCGUUCCAUCCGAUUUUUCAACGCCAUCUAAGUCUACAGGAGGCGCAACUUUGAAUCCCGAACAGAUGCUUAAAGCCGGUAAAUACAUAAAAUGGGCAGGAAGCGCUAUAAAUUAUGACGACGUGACAACAGCGAUAGAGAAUCUGCAGAAAGCCCUCCAUCUUUUAACAACCGGUGAAGAUUCUUAAGGGCCUGCCAAGAAGCAAAAAUGCCCUUUGCUCUGCUUUUACCGAAAAUUCAAAAUAAUUAAAGGAACCCUCAUUCGUCGGUAUUCGCGCCUAUGCAAAUGGUAAAACCGAACGCUUUGGCUCUCAUGAAAAAGAUGUUUACAAAGGAGCCUUAAUAAUGCUUACAAUGCAAAGAAGAAGAAAAAAGUAAUAGUACAUUCGAAUAUAUUUUAUUAUUAUCGCAACGAGAUUUAAGGCAUUUACCAUUUUUGCAAUUGCUCUUCAUGAGAUUUUGUAGCGUCGAAUUGACAGCCUUGUCGGUUAGUGGAGUAUUUUUUCAUGUCGCACAGCCUUACGAGUCAAUUUCGUACGAAAAUUUUACAGCUAACGGCCGAACAAAUUCUUACAUCACAGAUGCUUUGUAAAUAAUAAUAUUAAUAAUGAUACUAAUAUAUUGUUAUGUAAAUGAA